AAAGAGGAAAUAAAGACAGGCUGGGGAGGAAAGUUCAGGCUCGCUGCCUGACUUAACACAUUUGCUAGUCACUUCUCAGUACAGCUAUUUAGCAAGCAUAGAGGAGGACAUUUUGGGGAAGGUAAAGAGAGUCCAUAAGGCAAAUGAAGCGACCUGAGCUGUUCAUUUUCAGCCUAGCACUGGCAACUGCUCAUGGUUCCACUGUAACUGCACCUGACAAGGAAGUAAAGGUGGCACGAGGGAAUAAUGUCACUCUCAGAUGUGAAUUCCGGACUGCUGGUACUGCUGAAAGUGGAGACUUUGUUUACUGGAGGAAAAUCCAGACAACGCACGAAGCUAUCACUAGGUAUUUUGAUGGCUUUAUAAGACAUGGUGCAAGCUACAAGGACCGUAUAUAUUUCUCUGGGAACCCAGACACAGGUGACCUCAGCAUCACCCUCACAGAGGUGACUAUGGACGACAAUGGAACUUAUGUGUGUGGUGCUCACCUGCGUAUGGAGACCGUUGAACCUGCCCAUGUGGCUCUUUUGGUCCUUGUGGCACCCUCCAUACCAGACUGUGCGAUCCACGGGACACCAGAGUACGGACAGACAGUCAACCUGACCUGCAACUCUCGUGAAGGUUCUCCAAAACCUGUGUAUACCUGGAAGAGUUUCAACAUGCAGAACCAGCCUCAGCCACUGCAGGCAACAGAAGGACAGCAGAUAACUUUAAAGAACGUCUCUGCAGAAACCUCUGGUUUUUACAUCUGUACUUCUACAAACAGUAUUGGACACCAGUUCUGCAACAUUACUGUCAACAUUAUGCCUCCAUCCAUGAACUUUGCCCUUUAUGCAGGAGUCAUUGGUGGUGUUGUUGCUGCAAUCAUUGUCAUUGGCAUUCUGGGCUACUGCUGUUGCUGCCGGACCACAAAGGACAAGGACUAUGAGAUGACUGAGAGAGAAGAUCGAACAGAAGAGGCAACCAUGAAUCAGGAGGCAGAUGAAGGUGAGGAAGACAACAGGAGAGAGAAGCUCCGCAUCUAAUCACCUACCACACCAUGGAUAGAUAUUACACAUGCUGAAGCAUAGAGAUGAUCACAAAUUAAACAGUGCAUUUACCAGCCUGGUCUGGUGUUAGCUGUGACUUUCUACAACUGUCUGGGACAGAGGUCAUCUCUUUUGAUCUGCGAACA